UCGGCGACACCAUCAGCAGCAACAUCAUGAACGCAAACGCAAAUAUUUAGUGGCACCGCUUGAAUUAAUUCUGAUAGUUUAAAUUACAUUAAUUAUCAUCUUUGUUCUUAAAUAAUUAUGCAGUGAAACGUUAUGCUAAAAACUAGAGGAAUAUUACUUAAAAUAUUGCGUGUGAUGCAUUCUGAAAAGUGGUUGAAUUGAAACGAAAAAGCUUUAUUCUUGAAAAAGCUGCCAAGAAGAAGAGAUAACUUGUGUGACGUUUUCCCGCGGUACUAGAGGAGAACAUCCCCUGUAGCAUAUUGCAAUGAUAAACUACGCUCAUUGAAAAUAACUUACGACUUUUAAUUUCACGUAUAAUAAUACCUUUAGUGAAAGUGUAGAGGGUAACAACCAAUCUCGCUUUUAGGAUUUUAAUUCAAAGAUGAUCACAAAAAGUAAUGAUUUGAAUCGGAGUAAUAAUGAGUCCAUCGAAGAAAUUGCAGCGGUGAAUAAAACCAGUGAACAAUCAGAUUCGGGUACCAAUUCUUCAGAAACAUUUAAUAAACAAGCAGCUUCGGUAUUGAACACUGAUCCUUCCAAAGCUGUAGUAUUGGAUUCAAACUACAUCGAAAGCAAGAUUAAAAGUCUUCUCAAUCAAGGCGACGAUAAAUGCCCAUUGACUACAGCCAAAGAGAAGAAUUUCAUUGAUUCAGAGGACCAGAAGCAGGUUAGAAUUGUUGGUAUUCUUUCUGCUGAAGAUAGUUGUAACGCAGUAGAUCACAAAAUCUCGUCAGGUGAUUCUGGAGAUGACGAACACGAGAUUUCCACUCAAGAUCUUUCCUUUAACGGAAAGAUUGCCAGCCUUAGUGUUCAAUUGAAAGCUAGUUCUUCGCAAGCAGGAUCAGGGAUCGCAGUUGAAGAGAUUGUCAGUAACGAUAAAGUUUGUAAAGAUAAAUUAAACGAAUCUUUCGAGGUUCUCACAAAAGAAAACAGUUCUCUGAUGAUAUAUAACAACGAGAAAUCGCCGGACCUUUUUGCCGAAAAUGACAACGCUGAUAGCAGCGAUGAUGAUGACUCAAAAACGGAUACAGAUGUUAAUCAAGGAGAAGAUGCACCAUUCAAAUUAAUGGCAUUAAGCAACAUUAGUUGUGUCGAUCCAAUAGACAACAUUGAACGGAUGGUGCUAAAACGUAUGCAAUCGUCGCUGUCUGGAAUAUUGCCUCCUCCGUCUGUUACAUAUUCACAGAUCGAUUUUAAUCAGAUGCUAAACCUGUACAAGGAACACGAAGCGCGUCUGUGUUAUCGCAAUGAUGAAAUCAUUGCGACAUCAUCUAAUACAGAUGACCCGAAGCCACGUUUUGCCUCUUGUCUUAGCAAACCAACCCAUACGCCCUCUGAGCUAUUUCAAAUGGAAUGGCCCGAGCUAUUGAAAGCAAGAGCACACGGACUUUACUAUAAUCGAUCGGUAGUUACGGAAAAAAUCGAAUUACUUGGGUUGAAGUUCGUUGAUCGUUACAUCGGUGCCGAGACUAGUUCAACUUUCAACGUGUCUCGUUCACCUUCCGCAGCUAAAAAACGCAACUUACGGCUGAAAAUGCUUAAUCAGUCUCCGGGAAGCCGCCUUAGUCAUUUGGCCCGCCGUCGUGCAGUGUUCUCCUCGGCCAAUCUUCUAAACAGCUCAGGGGGAUCUGCUACGGUAGCUUCGCCGUCCACUUCGUCCAGUCAACUGAGCUCAAACCGACUAUGCAAUCGUCAAAUUCUACUCGAGUCUAAAAAAUCUGAUAACCGCCGCAAAAACAAAGGACGCACUCCGAAACGUCGAGCUACUGGCCGACGAAGGACUCCUAGUCGCAGAAAAACACCUGGUUCUUCUUCCAAAAAGCGUACUCUUACUUUACCGUUGGCCAAACAACCACAAUCAAUAGUGAGCAGAGAAACCUCAAAGAGAGUUUUAUUUCAAAGUCCGCCGAAUGGUCAAAGUACUAAGCAAGAAUCUUGCACAACUAGCUCAGUAAGAUCCUGUGUAGCUAAUCGAGUUCAAAAAUCAAAACGAGCUUUAUUUUCGCCUCCAAAACGAGCACAUCGAUUUUCGUCAGUCUCGGGCGGUAGAACGAAUUUAUUCGCCAAGGAAUCGUUAAUGGACUCGCAAAGAUACGGGUCCGCCAAUAACAUUGACAUGCUGAAGGAGGUAAGCGGUGAGCCAGUGGAUGCGAAUGAACCGGGAGGAAAGCGGAAACGAUCGUUAGAUGACGAUGACAGCGACAGGUUAAGUAAAAAUGCUCGUAAAGAUUUGACUAUUAACGAGGAAGAUUUGACGCCCAGGUCGUUGAAGUUUGCCCGCAGUCAAAGUUUUUGCGUUAGUUCUCAAAAUCUGAAUACGAAAAGCGUUUCGGAAACUGCGUUUUGCGGCAAGACGCUUUUCAGAGCCUGCUCGGAAGUUACAUUUCCGGAUUCAGGCAAUCGGCCGGUGACUGUGUUGACGGAGAAUCACAAAAAGAAACUACUGUGGGCGGUGUCGCAAGCAUUGCAAAUCAAACAGAUAACAGUGAAGCACGAGAGGUUCAAACAGUGUGCUUCCAAUCUGGCUCGUGUGGUAAAGCGAUUGUUCCUGGAAUUCAAUGAUCAAUCGGUGUCGAGCACCAGCGAAAAGUUACUGAGGUUAGCCAACAAGCACGUGUACGAUGUAAUUCAAGGUCGCAGUGUUGACGAUAUUUACCUUAAAGAAAAAACACGCAUCAUGAACGUGAAGAACACCUCUAAACUACACGGCUACAUCGCUCCGCAAGAGUAUGAACAACGCCAGCAGUUGGUGAAACGAAGUGCCUCGACAUCGCUUCUCAUUUCCGAGAAUUCAAUAGAUACGUCGCUCUGUGCUUCCUCCAGUCAACAACUGCUGUUAAGUCAGAGUUCGAUAUUCUCGCAAAGCUCGGAGUUCCUAAACCAAUUGUCACAGUCAUCGCUACGCCAAAGUGGGGCAUCGAAUGCUGCAUCGUGUGAGCUAACUACUUCAGACAACACAGCCCUUCGCGAAAACAUUGAUAGUGAACAACGACACAAAUCUGCCCAGAAACAAGUUUCGUUUUCUGGUAAGGAUCAAAAAAACCUUAGUCCCUAUGCUGACAAUAAAGGUGGUGGCGCCCAAGCAAAAGGAACUAAACUGCUCGUCGGUGCUGCAAUAUCCUCUAGCAGUAUACUGAAGGCAAAACGACAGAUCUCGUUCGAGUGAGCCCAGCAGAAUCUUAUUGUUGAACAAAGUUUUUCUAGUGAUUUUAAUAUUUGUUUACGGGAACAGUUACAAGACUGGUCCAAAAUAAACACGCAGGGUCUCGUGCUUUCCGAUAGUGAUUAAAAUUUUUAGAAGCGGGUGAGAAUGAAGUUGUAAAACCUUUGGUUUGUACAUAUUGAAAGCUGGAUAACUCAUCCGAUUAAAUAAAAUAAAUAUUUAUUGAAA